CCUUGUUUUACGCUACAUUUCUUGAUGGUAUUCGUGGUAUUGCAGCUUUAGGUGUCGUUUAUACUCACAACCAGACUAUGUAUGACCAACGUUUGGCUUUUAACUCCUUCGACUUUUUGUAUCACGAAAAGAGAAAGAGAAAAAAAAAUACUGAUUCAGUUGUUAUAAAUAAAAUUGAUCAUUCAGAAAGUGAUGUAGACCUCGAAAUAAUUUUAUCAAAUGUUCCACUCUUAUCAUUGACGGAUUCUGAUAACAUUGUAAUGUCUUAA